AUGACUGAUGAGCAAGCAACGCUUGGAGAACUAUAUAAUGAUGUUUUCUCGGAAGUACCUCUGUCGAAUAAUGACGAGAUGCCGGAUACCCCAAAUUCGCCUUCCACAAAAAAUCCGCCGAAUGAAGAUUAUAAUUUAUGUCGAUACCGAGCAAGUGAAACGUUUAUACCUAUCCGUAUUGCACAAAGAGUUAUAUAA